UGUGCGCGCCUCGGUGGCGUGAGUGUGGAUGACUUCCGGAAGGUGCUGAUGAAGACAGGCCUGGUGCUGGUGGUGCUGGGCCACGUGAGCUUCAUUGCAGCUGCCAUCCUCCACGGCACCGUGCUGCGCUACGUGACUACACCCCAUGAUGCGGUGGCUCUGCAGUACUGUGUGGUCAACAUCGUGUCGGUCACUUCUGCCAUUGUGGUCAUCUCCUCUGGCAUUGCAGCCAUCGUGUUGUCACGCUACCUCCCCAGCACCGCUCUGCGCUGGACAGUGUUCAGCUCCAGUGUGGCCUGUGCUCUUCUCUCUCUGAUCUGUGCGCUUGGCCUCUUGGCCUCGAUCGCAGUGACCUUUGCUACCCAGGGCCGGGCACUGCUAGCUGUCUGCACUUUUGGGAACCCUGACCUGCUGGCACUCACACCCGACUGUCCCUUUGACCCCACGCGCAUUUACAGCUCCAGCCUGUGCCUUUGGGGCAUCUCACUGGUGCUCUGCGUGGCAGAGAGUGUGUUUGCAGUGCGCUGCAUCCAGCUGGUCCACCAGGUGCUGGAGCUGAGGCCCUGGUGGGGGAAAAGCAGCCAUCACAUGAUGCAGGAGAGCCCAGAGCUCAUGGAGGGCCCUGUCCUGAUGAGCUGCACCAGCUCUGUGCCGCUGACCCUCUGAGAGCGAUGCCUCAUCCAGCCCUGUGGCCGCUGGACCUACAACCAAGCCUGCACUGUGACUGGUGCCCAGAUGGCCCCGGAUCCUGGA